GUGGCACUCUCCAAGCGCUCCGGACCUGUUGAUCCCCCGCCCCCGGCCAAGUGGCCCCGCAAGGGCAAAGGUGAAAAGGGUGAGAAGGGCGGUAAGGAUGGCAAGGGUCCGAAGGGCGGGAAAUCCGAUGGCAAGAUCAAGGUUGGCGAGACUUGGUAUGACCUCGUCUCCAAGACCCCUGACGGCCGCGAGCUGUGUUACGCUUACAACAUCAAGCGUGGCUGCCAGGUCAAGGGAUGUCAGCGCAUUCACGCCUGCCGCAUCAAAGGAUGCCAGGGCAACCAUCCCGCGUAUCAGCAUGGGGCGCAAGGUGAUUCUACUUCGGGGGUGCGGCCUACUUUGCGGGUUCUCUACCUCUUUUCUGGGCCUGCUCGUAAGUCCGACGUGCGCCGCUCCCUGGAUGCAAUGUGCAUAGAUCACUCCAUUACUUUGGCCAUGGCUGAGAUAGACGUCUGCCGGGACCCAAGUCUGGAUCUUUUGGACCCUGCAGUCUCCGAACGGUGCCUGCGGGAACUCACGAAUUUGGAAUGGGACGUCGUUUUGGUGACGCCUCCUUGCAGCACAUUUUCGAGGGCACGAUGUGUGCAGCCGGGUCCUCGGCCCCUUCGGUCACGGCUGUAUCCUUUGGGCUUCCCUUGGUUGUCUGAUGUUCAUCGUGCACUCGUGGACAACGGCAAUGCAUUUGUUUCUUUUUCUUUCAAGGUCUGCACAACCGCUCUUUUGCAUGGUAUUCCUUUCUUGUUGGAGCACCCAGAAGACCUGGGACGGACUUCGACGGGCCACACUCCGGCAUCCAUUUGGCAGCUUCCGGAGGCUGCAGCGCUUUUGGGACAUGAACAUGUUUUCAGUUUUGCCGUGUAUCAAUGUCAGCAUGGUGCGGACUCUCCCAAACCGACACGCUUUCUCACUUCGAUUCAGGCGGCUCAGCAUAUGCCACACAUGGGCCCACCCCGCUUUGACUCCGAGGACAAAUAUGUGGGCCCAUUACCGCGCUAUUGUGGCCAUCGCCACAAACAGCGCCUCUUGGGGACAUCUUCUACUUCUGCGGCCGCGGCCUACCCCGGGGACCUCUGUGCAUUGAUUUCCUCUUGGGUUUUCUCCGUCUUCGAUGGGGGAGGUACUUUGGCCACUCGGGAUUCUUCGGAGUUCGUUUUCAGUUUUCCCCCGCUGGAUUCGUCUUGGAAGGCGGACCAGGUGGGCCCUUUACAUCCGGCCGAGCAGCUGUCCCUCUCUUGCUUGAAGAAUGGACGGAUAUCGCAAGGUCAGCUCCUUCGUCUUUCAGAUUUACUUCCCGACGAGGACCGUGUCAGAGGCUCGGACAAGGCCAUAUCGGGGCAAAGGUCCUUCACCACGGGGGCCUUUGUUCACCAGGACAAGGCUGGGCUUCGACGCAACGUGGGGAGUUUUCCUUUUACGUCUAGGCUCCUUGCGGGUUUGACUUCGAGUUGCUUUCAGGGCCGGGUCUUUUCUUCGCUGGCUUUCUUUCGGGAUAUUAAGCAGCCUGCCCAUAAAGACACCACCAACGGAGCUUAUGAGAACUUGCUGCUUGCUUGCUCGGAGUUCUCUGGAGGGGGCCUUUGGGCCCAAUCUGACGAGGGCACCUGCGAGCGACUGGUCAACGGGAUCGCGAUGACUGGUUGUGUGCUUGACUGGCAGGACAGAAAGAUUAUCUUCAACCCCCACCGGUGGCACUCCACCGAGGACUGGGCAGGGUGCAGACUGGUCUUAGCUGCUUACACCAUCAACAAUGACGGGCUCCUCUCCUUGAAAGAUCGGGACAGACUUGCUGAUUUGGGUUUCAGGCUUCCGGGGCAGAACAAGAGACCUCUGGAGACGACGGUGGCCGAGACUGAGAUCGAUGACCUGGACUACAGUGAACUGAAGUCCGGAUGCGAGGGGCCUCCCUUGACAGGUGACUUUGCGGGCUCCGCGGACGAGUUCGUGGAUGGCUUUGGGAGAUGCUCGCCGGGUCGAUGGAAGCCUUCCAAUAGGGGGCGAUGCAUGUCUCCUUCGGCGGUCACCUUCGCGGAGACCCUCAAGGCUCGGGUUCGUCGCUUCGUCACCGAGAGUGUUCCUGACUUGGCGAAAUCGACUUUUCGUCUGGCGACGGGACACUGGGAUGGGCCGCUGUUUCCUGCAGAGGCCUUGGACAAGCUUCGGGAAGAUUGGUUCGUUAUGCUUCCGGAUCCCUUGAGGGCUCGUGAAGUUACGCCCCACCAGCCUUUCUUUCUUCGGGCCAUGUCACAGACUCUUCAGAUUCUUGAGGUUGGGCACACGGCACCUUUGGGGCCGGUGCCUCAGGUCUUUCGUCAGCGACGGAAGGACCAGAAGUACGAUGAUUCUGAAUGGGAGCCUCUGAUGGGGAACUAUCGGGACGGCCCUGAGGUGGAGAAAUCUUUGCUUGAGGCCUUCGCAAAGGAGGAGGCAGAGGGCCGGAUGUUCCCUUUGUCUUUGGCGGAGGCGCGCCAGCGCUAUCCUGGAUCGUCGCUUCGCGUGGCGGCUCAGGCAGUGAUUCCGAAACCUGACCAGGACUUCAGAGUGGUCCAUGACGGGACUCACGGGGUCCAGGUAAACAAUGAGAUCGUCAUGAAGGACCGUCUUGAAUCUCCGGGGGCCAGGGAGGUUUCUUCUAUCCAGAAGUUGGGCACGGUCUCCGACGAGAAGGUGCUCUUCGGGCUGGUUGGGGACGUGAAGAAGGCUCACCGGAGGUACUUGCACCAUCCGGAUCACUGGGGGGUGCUGGCGUGCCGAUCGCGGAGCGACUCCUCGGUGGUCUGGUUAAAUCGGACUGGGACUUUCGGCAUAGCGUCGGCGGCUUAUUGGUUUGCUCGCCUCAUUGGCUUGGUUGGCCGCCUCACCUUCCGGAUCCUUUUGGAGGCAUUCGUCUUCAUGCUGAUAUAUGCUGAUGACUUGCAUCUUUUGAGCGGUGGUCCGGAGCGAUGGAUUAAUCUUUGGAUGGCGUUGGCUUUGCUGUGUAUGCAGGGAACUCCGUUCUCAGAGAAGAAAUGGCGCGGCGGCCUUCAGCUUGACUGGGUAGGUUAUUGGAUCGACUAUGGUCGUUUCAAGUUGGGGAUCUCAGAGAAGAGAUGCCAUUGGAUCAUCCGUGGCAUUGAGGGCAUGGAAGGUAACGGAUGGCUGGUGGACGUGAGACGCUUCCACGAGCUGCACGGGAGACUUGGGUUUAUGUCCCAGGUACUUGUCUGGAUCCGUCCUUUCUUAGCGCCUGGAUACGCAUGGCUCGCCGCUGUGCGCAAAGGAGCGGUUCUCUCCCUGCCGAACCUUAUCAGGUGUGUCUUGAGGUUUAUCGCGGAUCGCUUGAGACUCGGGGCGAGGACUUAUGAUUCAGGCCGCCUUGAAAAGGACUUCGGGGAGCUCUUCAGGACGGAUGCUGCUUGCGAUGAAUCUUCGAUUGUUCUUGGGGGAUGGUUCCUUCACAAGGGACCGGACCCGGGCAAGGCACCGUGGUUUCAGAUCACGCUUGAUAAGGAGAGUGUACCUUGGCUUUUCAAGGAAGGCCUCGGCAGCUCAUGGGCGAGCACGUCGGCCGAGAUGCUGGCGUCACUGGCAGCUUUGCAUAUCUUGAAACGUGACUUUCGGAGCAUCUGGGAUGGACCUGGUCUCUUUCAGGCUUGUUUCUGCGGGGGGACGGAUAAUAAAUCUGCCGAUGCGCUUUCUUGCAAGCUGCUUACCACUCGAGUCCCUCUGAUGUUCGUCGUGAUGGAGUUCGUGACUUUCUGCGAUGGCCUCGGCUUCAGGUGCAAUUUGAGCUGGAGGCCUAGGGACUCCAAUCAGGAGGCCGAUCGCAUCACGAAGCACAACUUCUCGGACUUUGAUGGAUCUCUUAGAAUCCCUUUCAGCUGGUCUGAUAUGACCAUGUCAGUUCUUUCUCCUCUUUUGAGGUUUGCGAACUUUCAGUCGGAGAUUGAUGAUAUCAGGACAUCCACUUUGGAGGACGUCGGUGCAACCCCAAGGAUCAGAUUCGAGAAGAGCCAGUGGGGUUAA